AUGGUCGUUCUUGCGGCGUCGAUAUGUACUCGCGGAGGCAAGGCUGUUCUCUCGCGCCAGUUUCGUGAAAUUGCUCGGUCGCGAAUUGAAGCCCUGCUGGCCUCUUUCCCCAAACUCGCGGAUUCGGGUACCCAACAUACCAUCGUCGAGCAAGACAACGUGCGCUUCGUAUACCAGCCAUUGGACGAGUUGUACAUUGUUCUGAUCACCAACCGUCAAUCGAACAUCCUCCAAGACAUCGACAGCCUCCAUCUUUUCGCGCAAGUGACUACCAGCCUUUGCAAGAGCCUCGAUGAGCGGGAGAUCACCCGAAAUGCCUUUGAGCUACUCAGUGCGUUCGAUGAGUUGGUGACGUUGGGGUACCGGGAGAACCUGUCUUUGUCGCAGAUCAAGACCUUCCUGGAGAUGGAGAGUCACGAGGAGCGAAUCCAAGAGAUCAUUGAGCGGAACAAGGAGUUGGAGGCCAGCGAGGAGCGCAAGAGGAAGGCAAAGCAACUGGAGAUGCAGCGCAAAGAGGCCGCUCGCUCGGGUCGUGCUGCCGCCCCCAGAACCCCGUCCUACCCCGUCUACACACCUCCUUCGCGGCCGUCGGUACCGGAUACUUACGACACAUAUGAGGCGGAGAAGAAGAAGUCUUUUGCCAAGCCCCUUCCUUCCCGCGGCAAGGGUAUGCAACUUGGCAAGAAAUCUAAGGCGACCGAUCUCUACGAGAAGGUUCGGGGUGAUCUGGGCCCCGAGGUAGAGGAGUCCAGCCCGCUGGUGUCUUCGCAGACUUCAACCCCAGUCCCAGAAGCGCCCUCUGCUCGCGAAUCCUUGACUGUGGACCGAGAGCCUAUUCAUGUUACGAUUGCGGAAACAAUUUCGGCCACGCUUACUCGGGAAGGUGCCUUGAAGUCUUUCGAGGUUAAGGGCGAUCUUCAACUCCGAAUCAGCGACCCAUCCUUCACGAAACUGCGACUCGACCUUCAGGCCACUCCCACACAUGGCGCGCAGUUCCGGACCCACCCCAACGUUGACAAGGCUCUCUUCACCAGCUCUUCGGCGAUCCAAUUGAAGGACACCACGAAACGGUUCCCUGCCAACAAUGCGAUUGGCGUUCUGCGGUGGCGCGUUGCCAGCUCGGCUGACAACGCUGAGAUUCUUCCCAUCACCUUCACCGUGUGGGUGAACAAGGGCUCUGACUCGACCACUGUGACCGUAGAGUAUGAGCUUACCGGCUCAGACAGCCUGCGCGAUGUUGUUGUCACCAUUCCGUAUGGCGCGACAGAGCCCUCGGUGUCUAGCUUCGAUGCCGUCUACGAAGUCUCUGGAGACAGCCUCGACUGGAACUUGGGCGCUGUGGAUGAGUCGAACGCGUCCGGCAGUUUCGAAUUCGAGUCGACGGGCGAUGGGGACGAGAACGAAUUUUUCCCGAUGAGCGUUCGCUUCUCCAAGACCAAGCCAUUCGUCGACGUCGAUGUGACCGACGUGUCCCUGCUGGAGAUGGAGGGCGAGAGUGCUGGAUUCUCCAAGGACAUCAGGAGCGUGGCGGAGAAUUUCUUGAUCGAAUGA